AUGCUCACAAUACCAUUGCUGGGGAAACAGAGAGAAGCAGAUUCAUUCUCCCCACCCCUGGACUGGGCAGUCACGCCUACUUGUGAGCACCCAGCCAAUGAGAGGACCAGAGGGAGGGCAUGGUCCACUGAGUGCCACCACUGUGCACGCCUGUCCCUGGAUACCACGUGUGUCCUGGGUCACUCAGCUCCACUGUUACUGAAAGAGAGUCCAAAGAGUGCUAUGCACUCUCCUCGGAGAGUUCAGAGCCUAGGUCCAGCAUCAUUGACGGUUCUUCAAACCAAAGUUGGGACACAAGAGGCAGAUGCACCAACCAGAGCUUGUGCAGCUAAAUACUUAAGUCUGGUCAGGGAGGAAAUCAUUGAGUUCCCCAUCCUGAAGCUAAAUGGCCAUACCAUAGAAAUUGAGUGUACCUUUCACAUGUAUGUCCAGCCUGUAGUCCACCCACAGCUUAUCCCCUUCUGUGCAGAGCUCACAGGGAUUAUUCAAGCCAUGGUGGAUGGCCAGCCAAGGAUGCAGCAAGUGCUGGAGAGGGUUGAUGAGUGGAUGGCAAAGGAAGGCCUCUUAGUUCUGAACGUCAAGUCAGUCACCUGCGGAGACUGGGACUUGAAAGUCAUGCUCCCAGGCCAGUGCCCUUAUUUAGGCCUGCCAGUGGUGGAUUACUUCAAGCAGUGGAUUAAUCUGAAAAAGACUCACAGCUUUGCCAUGGGCUUGACCAAGAAUGGACUCCUAGACAUGAACAAGGGUCUCAGCUUGCAACACUUACAUUUCUGGGAGCCCAAGAAAGUCCACCUUCAGAAGGGGAGCACCAGGCUUGCUCAUCCCAGCCCCUGA